AGUGUCGUCAUGUCUGAAGCUUACGUCCAACUUCACCCGAAUCUGCCGGUUACAAAUGAGAGUCAACAGAGGGAUACUACCUUCACUAAAAUCUUCGUAGGGGGUCUUCCCUACCACACUACUGACAAAUCUCUUCGACAAUUCUUUGAAGGGUUCGGUGAAAUUGAAGAGGCCGUCGUAAUAACAGACAGACAGACAGGCAAGAGUCGAGGUUAUGGAUUUGUUACCAUGUCGGAUCGGUCAGCGGCUGAAAGGGCAGUUAAAGAUGCCAAUCCUGUCAUCGAUGGGAGGAAAGCUAAUGUUAAUCUAGCAUACCUCGGGGCCAAACCAAAGGGUAAUGCAGUAAAUGGUUUUCCUCUACCUGUAAGGGCGAGUAUUCCUAGCGUAUUACCAAGUCAAUACAGCCUGUCGCCCCAGUAUCUCUAUCCAUCCCCCUACGUUACGUCAUCAAAUGUAUUGCUACCUCCGAACGUGCCUUUCUCUUCAGUUCCGGCAGCAGCUUGGCAUUUCUACGACUACGCAGCUGCGUACCAUUCAGCCCAGUUUGCUAACGGCUUGGAUCCCUUGUCCUACACCUAUCCGAGUGUUACCUCAGCGCCAUCUACUGGUCACGGCAACUCUCCAUAUCUACCGCCCCAAGUUUACCCAUACACCUUCCCACAAGCCCUACCUGGGCAUGCGACUGUUGCUGGAUUCACACCUUAUGCACCCCAACCCCAAAUUCACGAAACAAGGUUGUAACAAUACAUUUCUCUUGGGAGU